AUGGUAACGUGCGAGAACGACACAUCUGUCGGCGGCUUCCACCUGGGCGGUCGUGACGAUGACGGGGCGAGACAGAGAGCUCCGAGCGUAUCUUCUAUCUCGCUCUACAAACAGAAGAUCGACGCACUCUUCGAUGACACUCGCUCCGUCAACAGCCUCCAGCAAUAUGGACCCAUGUCUGAUAUAGGCCGGCGAGAUAGUAAGAUCAGUGUUACGCGAGACAGCAAGACUACGAUUUCUGAGGACGAAAAUGAUUAUUGCGGCACGAAAAUUAAGAAGAUCAAUAGCUCAGUCCAGGAUCGAAUAGAGAGAAUGUUCGCUGACAUGGCCGGAGAGUCGAGACAAGACCAAAUAGGGAUGCACCUUUUCAACGUGCAUUACCUGGGUUCUACACCACUGCAGAACAAAGUAACGAGUCUCUCUGGACUUCAGACACCUCUCAAGGACCUAUACUUUGCGUAUAGAAGAAAUUUACGAAACAAAAACACGUUUACAGGCAGAUUAGAAAUAUCAAAAAGCGGACUAAAAGUCAGAUAUAAAGGCGAAAAGGGGGAUCUAGAGCAAUUGAAUCCAUUCCCAACGAUAGCAGUAUGGUCUGCUGUGAAGUUUGUCGUCCAAAGUUCAGAAAAGGAAUCCAGCGAACCGAGUUACGCGUUCCUACCUCUGAUAACAGACCCUGAUAAUAUUGAUCGCCAUGCUUUAUUUAAGCCCCUGGAGAGCCAGGAAAAGAAAUAUAUCCUCUCCCAUAGCGAGAACACACAUUCACCACUUUUCGCUGUUGUGAUGAGGAAAAUCGGGGUUGCUAAACAACUCGAGUGUCAUGGUUUUGUAUGUCAGACGACUGAGGACGCUAUCGUGAUAGCAGCCACGUUAUACAAAUCCCUUAUGUCACAUAUGAGUCGUCAAGGCCACGCCGAUAACAAGAAAUUCAAAAAUCGAAACGGAGUCAGUUGUAUGAGUAUCGCGAGCAGUUUACCCACAAACGAUAUACCAAUUAGACCGCCAAGAAAAAAGCGGAGCACAUCUUCUUACAGCGGUGAUAGUGAUAGAGCUGAUGGAUUCUCUGCGAGUGAGUCAUUUCAUGAGAAUACAAAAAUAGAACAUUUCAAGGAGUUAUCGAUUUCGUCUCCACCCGUACUGCCGCUAGAUGCGAAACGAAUCACAGUUGAAGAAGUUAAAGCGAAAUUAGAUUCAAUCAAAAGAGGUAAGGAAUCAGGAUCUAACGAAUCGAGGAAGUCAAAAGAAAUCAAAGAACCAACAAUACCCAAUUCCAACUCAAAUUCACCAAAUAAUGCACCUCAAAAUCACAGCAGUAGUGAAUCAACCGUGCGGAGCAAGGUAUCUGAAAAAAUUGAAUUAUUUCGUGAAUUAGAAAGACGGAAGAGCAUAAAACGCCCUCCGACUUUGCCCCCUCCUAUACCCACUAAGCCAACAGAUGAAUCUAAAGAACCUUUGAGAAGAACUCAAAGUGGUAGACAGUUAUUAGGUGAAACUGGCGAUAUACUGACGAAGGUAGCCAUUCCAAGAUCUGGAAGCUUUCUAAAUGCGGGUGGACUAACACGUUACAAAUCUAUCGGACAUAGGAAUAACGGUAAAAAAGGCGGAGGUUCACCACUAGGUUUUAACGAAUUAUUCCACGAAUUUAAAGUACAAGAAAAUCUACAUUCCAUGGAUGAAAUUUUAAACGUUAUAAUUGAUCCGGAUGGAAUGUCAUUCAACGACUUAAAACCUAUUUACAAGGAGUUCUUAUUAAAAUUAUCCGUAACGCUAACUAAGGACGAAAUAUUUCAACACAGUAAGGCGAUUAUGAAAAAGCAAAAGAAAAAAAUUCUUAGACGCAGCGGUAAAUUUCAGAUUAAGAAAAAGAAUUUUUUCAAAGGCUCGAGUGGUCUCAGAACGGUAUUUAGGUUUCCUUUCGGUAAGAAGAAAGAAAAGAAGAAAAUACAGCCUCUACAAGUGAACGAAAAUUUAGAUAUAAAGGAGCCGGUCUCUGAAAGUUCCGUUUCAACGUCCAGUUAUGAUUUGAGGCAGUUUAAGCCUAAAGAGCCUCCCAUAAUUACUUCCAAACGACAAAACGUGAAGAGAAAUUCGAGGAGGUCUGAUAAGAUUCAGGUAUCAGGUAGAAAGGGAAAAUCGAGGCCUGGCGAGAGAACGUCGUCUGAAGAUUCCGAUUUUUUAACCCUCAGCAAUAGAUUGGGAGGCCAAAAUAGGAAUAGUUCAAGUGGUUACGUUUCAUGUUCAGAAUGUGAAUCUGAAAGCUGCAUGGAUAGAUGCUAUUGUUCUAUAAAAACGGACUGUAAAUCAAAGUGCUAUUGCUCUGCAUUGGACAACGGAAAAGAUUCAGCAAAGGCGAAACUACUGGGCAAGAACUGCAAAGAAUGUUCAAAGGAAGUGUAUGAAGGCGAUUAUAGUUACUGCUCCUGUGAUUCAGAGAGUUGUGAAGACAGCAACAAAUGUUACUGCCCCGGUCCGAGACGAAGUGAACAGAACUCUCAGGAUUUUCAGGGUUCACGUCGGUACACUGAGAAAUUGAGACGGGCCUUUGACGAGCAUGAUGGAAAACCGAGGAGCAGGUCUGGCGCAUCAUCCCGACGACGCGAAGAACGAAGGCGCGCGCGCAGUUCAGACAGCGUCGCAUUGGAUUACGAGCUGCUGCUGCAGAACAAGACGCGUGACGCAAGAGCGAGGAAUAUGCAAAGACUUACCGUGCGCAGCACUGGCGCCGGGUCCCACGAUGCCCUGAGUGUGAAGAAGUCCGCAGAAAUGGCUGCCCUCUUCGCAGAUGUGCGGCUGUCACAACGCACCGAUGUACGCUCCCUCAUGGGUGGAAGGUGUGCGCGACCCGCCCUCCCACUUUCCGGAGUACCACCUCUCGCUAGGAUGUUUGAGCAUCGGCCGCUCAGCAGAAACGCGUGCCUAGAAGAUACCUUGGGAUACUUUCCUUAG